UGCGCAUGCGUUUUGGAACUAUUGCAAAUGGCGGCACUUGUUAUUGUUCCAUGGCGUUUAUGAUACAUGGGAAUAAAUAACUAUACUUGGACACCUUAUUAGGUGUGCGUCUAAUGGAUGGCGCGAUGGGUCAGGAGGAGGAUGUCGUGGAAGCUGUACUAACAUGUGAUGGGGACUUCCACGACCCAGACUUAAGUAGUCGAAUAGAGAAGUUUAGACAUAGGCUGAAGGAUUUGUUAUUAACAGAAAAACAAAAGCUGCUCAUUAAAAAGGUGGAACCGUGGAAUAGUGUUAAGGUAACACUGACCAUUCCAAGAGAAGCAGCCAGCCGACUGAGACAGCUGGCACACAAUGGCAAUGAUGCCCUCAGGCAGAUGGGCAUUCUAUCUGUCCAGAUUCAAGGAGAUUCACAAAUUUCAUUGACCUUUGCGGGUCGCAAUAAUGAACCUACAGAAUUUGUGUUGCGCACACCUUCUUCUUUGCAGUUAAGCUCAGCUACUACAGAGCCUAGUUGCCCUGUACCAAAUGAGCUAGCUACUUCACCAGGCCCUAGUAAUGACGAGGUGACCAGAAAAAACAUAGUAGACUAUCUGAGACACGGAUCAUCUGUUGGCCAAAACCCAUCUCUGUUUGAAACUAUAAUGGGUGUAGGAACUUCGCCAACCUCGGGACUUGGAAUUGGUCUUUCUCCAAAUGCGUUUCAAGGACCUCAUAUCCCUUCAUUCAGACCAAAUAAUAUUGCCAGUCAGACUGUGCAAAACCAAACACUCAGAGGAUCUCGCAACACAUUUUCUUUCACUAAUUCUACUGGAGCUUUUCACCCACCAAUUCCUCGCCUUCCUGCCUCUGCAGGUCAGAGUUCAGCAACUAAAUCGACACACAACUUCCAACCAGGCAACCGCCCCAUAGGGCAGAUAGUCACUAUGGGUCAGGCAAACAAUUCACUUCAGCAGACGCUACAAACUAACAUCAGCAGUUUUAAUCCAGUUGGACCUUUAAGACUAUCAGCUCCUUUGAGUCCAAGCUUUCAUUCCCAGACUUCUCUGGUGCCACCAUCUUCUCCAACAUCAAAUAUGAUGUUGGAUUUACCACCACCACCUCCAUACCCUCAUAGUGUUAAUAGUUCUAAGCCAGGAAAACCAGUUACUGCUUCCAGUCCUUUGUUAGUUAAUCUACUACAAACUGAUCCACUGGCAGUAGCUGCAGGUAUGGCUAGUGGGAAUCCAAAUAAACCUUUAACAGUUGGUGAUUCUGGUGGACCACCGCCUAAGAAAAAGAAGCGCUCAAAGAAAUCAAAAGACUUGAAACCAGCUUUCCCCCCUCACUUGAUUGCUAAUACUGGUGUAGAAUUAUCAAGAGGGAUGCCCAGUGUGCCUAAUGACAAUGUGACGGUAACAUUAUCGCCACAGUUUAGAGACACUUAUUCUCUUGAUCUGGUUCCGUCAAGGACUGGAAUACUUCCUACUAAUCACAUACCUAAUUCCUCAAUGCCAAGUUUUCGUCCUGACAGUAAACCAUUGUUUUCAACAGACCGUCCGUUUGGUGAGAAUCCUGCAGAUGUUCCUUCUACAAAAAUUGACAUUAGUAGAAAUGGAAAUAACAGCUCGCAAGUUUCUGAUUCAGCAAAGGAUUUGGAUCCAUUUACUGUGGAAAUAGCAGCUGGAAAGAUAAUCAAUCCUUACACUGGUCAGUUAGAACCAAGGGACAGUCUUGUCGAUUCAGGGCAGCCAAACCAUACUUCACAAAUGAUAAGUAGGAAUGUAUCAGAAUUAGAGGAAUUGAACAAAAUGAGUGUGCCUAUUUGUUCAUCCAAAGCAUUGGAUGUACAUGCUACUGCUGGCUUUGUUCGCUCAGGAGGGCAAUUACAGAUGGCAGGUGAUCGGAUAUUGUCUAAUCCUAUUCGUUAUUCAGUCAGUGAGGAAUCUACAAGCUCGUCAUCUAAUAUCUAUGCAGUGACUCCAUGGCAGGAAAUAGCUAGUAAUGUUGAAGAAUCAUUACCUAAUUCAUCUGUGAGAAAUAUUUCUAAAAGUAAUGUACAUCAAAGGAACACUGUAUCUGGCCCUGUGAAUGGGCCCAUUUUAAGUGGACAUGUUGUUCCAUCUCAGCAGGAAUCUAAAGAUUCAUCUUGUUCUUCUGGAUCUAUGAUUUACACUAGUAGCUCGUCUACAUCCCAAACUGUUUUUUCUCAACCUCAGACACAUCAGAUUGUUUCAGUAACACCUGGCAAUGAAGAAUCUUCACAGAUAUUAUCUAGACCUUUGUCUUCUUUUACUUCACUCCAUUCUGUACAGUCAUCUUCACCUUCUUUGGUCUCAUUCUCCAACCAGCAGAAGCAGGCAGCAAGCUCUGAUGCAGUUCAAGCCACAAAGUAUGGCUCUUCUCAUUUGCUCAAUUCUUUACCUGAAAAACAUAUUGACUCUCAAAGUAGCACUGAGAGCCCACCUGAAAAAAUGUCAUCUGAAGGAGAAGAAAAUUCCAACCACAGUGGCUUAGCUGCCGACUCUGUACAUUCUGGUACAACGACCCUACUAGAACAUAGUGGUGUUAAAGUUGAAAAUCAUGACUCUGGGGUUGGUAGCUCGUCAGAGAGGUCUGAUGAUACACCAUCAGAACCUGGUGAUAGUGAGUUUCGUUCUAGUCACACUGGAACCGACAAUGAUGAAGGAAGUGGCAAAACGCAGCCACCCAAAACAGCCCCCACUAAAGUGGAUAUAAAACCUACAGUGACAAAUACAAUAACAGUUGGGUAUAUAAUGAAUCCAGGUGAAAACACGUUACAGACGAAAAUUAUCCACCCUAAGUAUAGCAGUCAAGUAAAUAAAACAUCCUUAGUGACAUGUACUCAAACGUCGACCAGUUGUGAUAUUACACGCUUGUUGGACACACAUAAAAUAUCAAUGGAAAAUAAAAGUGUUGUGCAGACAAGUGGGCAGCAGAUAAAUUGGGCUUCUCAUCUUCAUGACAGUUAUAUAGGGAAAUUAAAAGAUGAUUUAAAGGGUGAUAUCCAUAGUCAAAAAAUGAAUGGUCCAACAGGAACUACAGACAAGACAUUGAUUGCUAUAAAUGAAACAACACAACAAAAAAAGUUAAGGAACUCGCCUAAACAAAAUAGUAAGAAAGCAGAUCAAAUUAAGCUUGAAGAUGAUGUUUUAGAGACAAAACUUCAGCAGUUUACAGAGUCUGCUAAAAUAUCUCCUGCAAAUAGUUCUGAGCACAGUGAUGCAAUGGAAACACAUACACGGGAAGAAAGACCAGAUCAUCUAAUUUUAGAAAUGGAAGAGUUGGUCAAUGGGAAGACAGGCAAUGGGAACAUUGGAAUGGAGGGCAAAGGAGGGAACAACAUCACAUCUAUUUAUUCUAAAAGAUCUUCCCCAGUGAAUGUGAACAUGUUGAAUCAUAUAUAUGCUCCUGGUUUACCACUUCCUCGUCGCCUCACUGAAUCAGUCCAGAGGGUGGUCAAACCUUUGCCUGCAUCAGAAUCUUCAGUUGCUAUGCCUCAGGUUCGACCAUGCAAAUCAUCAUCUGCAGGUGGUUCCCCAAGAGCUGGGUCUGGUUCAUCUCGCAGCUGUAUUCAAAGUGGCACUCGCUCACCGGGUGCCAGUGUUCCCAAAUUAGUUGCCCAUGACAAACAUUCGCUUUUAUCAGGUGGCUUAGACCUUGCAGGACUUUCUAAUUUUCCAAGCAGUGAAAGUAGCUUUAUUCACUGCAAAACUGUGAACUCAGUUGAUUCAAAAACUCUGCAAGCUAGUGAGCUGUCUCCCUCUAAACUUUUGGACACAAAAUGUUAUUCUGGUAAAAUGUUGUCACAAAGCUUUCCUCCUCAUAAAUCUAGGGACAGUGUUUUUUCUCGAUCAAAAAAUGAUAGCACUCAAGAUUCAAGGUUAACAAUUUGUUGGAGUAACCAUGUCACAACAGACAGUUCUGCAAGCAGUAAUAGUAAUAGACAAGAAGCAGCUUCUGAUACUGCCCAUUCCACAAAGGACAAUAGUACAAGCCAUUCCAAUGCAUCUUCCCCAUUAAUGCCUGUUUUGCAGCGGGCCCAAGAGCCAUUGUUAACUCCCAGCAUUUCUAGUCAACAAACCUCUAUCAGCUCACCACAUAUUGGCAGCAGUGCACCAGCGUUAGCACUCCAUGUGCCUUAUGCCAUUAGCACAAUGAGCAACUCUACUUGUAGUUCUCCUGGACCAUUGCCAACUUUAUACCCCAUGUCUAUCACAUGCACAAUGUCUGGUGGAGCUGACACUGCUUUGGUUACAUCAACAGGGAGCAUUCUACCAGAACUGUGUGCUCCUCCCAAGCUAACUAAAAUCACUUUGCCUAACACGCCAACAUCUCAUUCAACUAGAAAUAUAUUUGAAAGUGUAUCAGGGAGCUUAACAAAUGACAAGCUUGAUGAGGGUAUUCAUUCUAUUGGCCCAUUGUUGACCUUAGAAAGCCAGUGGAACCCAAUGAAAUCUGAUUCAUCUAGCAAGCCACACUCAGACAACGUUGAUGUUGCUAAUGAGACUAUAACAUCUGUGUCCUCUCAUACAUCUCUAACAAAAAUUAAAGAACCAAUUUUGGAAACCAUUAGUUCAUCAUUAGCAACAAGUUCAUCUUUGUCUGUGAAGGAGCCAAAAUUAGAAACAAUCAGUUCACCAGUGACCACCCAGUCAUCUGUAACUGUUACAGAAGUGAAACCAGAUACUGACAGCACAUCUGUCACCAUCAGUUCAUCAGUGUCUGUUAAGGAAACAAAGCUGGAAUCUAUAAGCUCGUCACUGGCCACCCAUUCUUCUGUGUCUGUAGUUAAAGAUCUUUUACCAGAGACCAAAGCUGCUAUUUCUUCAUUUGUUGCCAGCUCAGCAGAGGAGCACGGAAAAAAUGACAAAGAUAUGGACAGUCCAAUGGUAACAAUUCAGAGUAAAUCAUUGGAACAUGUUACUCGAUCUCAACCUCACUCCGAUUCUCAUUUACUCAACAAUGAUUCCCAGCUGCCUUUGGACUCUGAGGGAUCUGUUAGGAGGGUGACCAGAAAAAGAAAGUCCACACACAGUGAAGGAGAUGGUCAGUCUGAUGCACCUGCAGAAUUGAUACCUGUAUCAACUAUCAAGUCCACUCCUAAAACACUAACAUGUAUACAAAGUGGUCUCACCAGUGUGAAAAGCAGUGCGCAACCUAAGACACCAAUGUUGGGUAAUGGUGUCCCAUCUAAAGCAACGGAAGAGACCAAAACCAUUCAUUCUUUUACUGAAAAGAGAGAAUCUGAGAACCGAAAUUUGAGCUCAUCCCUAGAUCAAUCGAAGGAUAUUCGCACACCUCGAGCUACUUCGAGCGAUGGCAAGGAGAGUUUGCAUAAAGAAAAUCGUUCUCAGCGUGCCUCAUCAGCUGAUGAUAUUAAAGUUAAACCAAAUCAAGGCAGCUUAGAUACAAAAGAUGAAGGACAUAAAAAAAGUCAUCGUAUAAAGAGACAGUUUUAUGCAUAUGUUCCUGAGAAGUCAAUUGAUCAAACAUACUUUGACACACCAAUCUUGAGUGGCCGGACACGAAGCAAAAAUAAAUCAACAGAUAUUAAUCAAGAUUCUGCCCCGUCGCAAGAGGCAACUGUAGGUACAAUAGACACUCAACAACACAACCAUACAGAUGCUGUUAAAGUUGACCCAGAACCUGGAGGAACUAAACGACCCACACGCUCUGUCAGAGCUAAAGAUAAUUCUCAGGAUCAAAGUGCAAGCAAGCGCAGAAAAGUUCAUCAGCACAGAUAACACAAAUUAUUUUUUUUUUGGUGUGAAAGUUUUAGCUGUGUGUAAAUGUGUAACACUACUGUUUCAUCAUGUUAACUUACAUAAAAACUGUUCAUCACUGUGGUAGGAUCCACAAACAUUUUACUUAGGUCAGUUACUGUAGGUUAUGGUGAGUUUUUUGUACUUUAAAAAUGUUAAACUAGUAUUGCAGAUAAUAAAAACAAUGUAUCUUAAGUAGUAAUGUUAGCUAUUAGAGAGUAUUGAAACCACUCCACUAUUAGACUUCACUGUUAACUGGCAAAUGAAAGUGACGUAAUAGCUUUUUAAAUUUUAAAUAGUUACUUUGAUAAGUAAUUUGAUAUUAUUUAGAUAGGAAUUCCUGUAUUUGGUGCUUAAAUGAUUCUAAAAAAAAAAAUUUUUUAAAGCAAAAAAAUAUGUAGAAUAAUAAGGGUGAGAUGUAGAUGUACAACAUUAAGAAAACUUGUAUGCUCAUUAAAGUUUUAAAAAUGUAUAUAAGCCUGUGCCAAUAAGUAAGUUUGUGUACUGUUUAAUGCUCUGUCAAGAUAAUAGGUUUUUGUACAGUGCUGCAUUUUUACAUAUUUUAUUUACUUAAAAAAAGGAAUGUAGGGUUGAGUAUAUUUUAAUUUUACUCAUGAAAUUAGUCUGUACAUAAUUACGGUUGACCUAUAAUAUUUUAAUUCACUUAACUAAGAAAAAGCACACAAAAGACAACUAGUUUAGUUUUUGCAUGAGUAGGUGUUAAGGUACAUUAAAAGAAGGAAACCUGCUUCUUUAGAUAGACACAACCUGCAUAAUGAUAGAACUUUUGUACGUUGCUUUGAUUUUUAGCAUAUAGUAAUGUUGUUGGUCAUGCUCAAAUGUAAAUAGCUAUUGUUUUUAGACACAUUUUUAGAACAGAAUAAGUUUUAAUAUUAAAUCACAAGUCACAUUAUUUGUUCUCAUUCUUUACUCUUAAGAGUAUUCUUUUAGUUGGCACAGGCUUGUAUACAAAUAAAUGUAAUAGUGUCUAUGUAAUGACAUUCAGUAUUACAGAGAUUGUUGUUUAGUAAAAGAGUAAGUCUAAAUACCUUGUAUUUAUUACCUAAAUGAAAUAAUCCCAAGUCUCAAUACUCAUUGAACCUCCAACAAUAUAUCUAGGAAUGCACCAAGUCAAAAUUACAGCCACACACUCACAAACACGUCCACAUGUAGCUGCACCCCAGCAUCAGAUUGCUGGACACUUGAAAGCUUGUUUAGACAGUUGAAAGAACAAAACUGGUAGGAUGGUCUGUGUAGCUUGUGUGUCUGGUCAGCAUUGUGUGUUAAUCAGAUGUAUUUCUCUAUCUGACUGCUGGUUUGUGUGGAUCUGGCCAGGGGUUUUCUUGGAAGGGUCAGAUUUAUUUAUAGAAUAGAAGCUAUUUUUUGUACUAAGGUGACUUGUGAUAGUUGAUGAUAUAUUGCCAAAUGUAUCUUAUGCAUAAUUGAAUCAUAUAAUUUGUUCUGAGUAUAGAGUGGGGGUUUAAGGAUUUCAUUGUACAUAAUUUUCUUACCUAAAGUUGUCAUGUCCAGUAAAGGCCAGACUUUUUACACAGUAAUAUUCAAUGGCAUUAUGCUUGGCCACAUAGAUGUUUGCUGUGAUAACUAACUUUAAACACAUUUUUUUGAAAUGAUUGAGCUGGCAUGGACUAGUCCACACCCCCAUCUUCCCCUGGUGUAUUUUGUUGUAUGACCAUUGAACCAAUUUAAUUGAUUCCUUUUGCAUUAAUGAUCACUGUAUUUCAUGUAAUUGUUGGUCAGCCAACACUUUAGCUAUGUAGCAUACUGUACAUAUUAUCAUCACUCGUGCACAUGUUUAGAAAUAAGAAAAUUACUUUGAAAUAUUA